CAACGGCUCAGCCGCAAAGUAUUAGGCCACACAAGCUAACAGAACGGGACUGCAGAGUGCUGAAGUGUGUAAAGUGUCUGUUCUCGGCUGCAACACUCAUUACCGAGUUACAAACGGCCUCUAGAAGCAACGUCAGCACAAUAACUGUUUGUCAGGAGCAUCCUAAAAUAGGUUUCCAUGGCCGAGCAGCUGCACAAAAGACUGAGAUCACCAUGCACAAUGCCAAACGUCGGCUGGAGUGGUGUAAAACUCACGCCAUUGGACUCUGGAGCAGUGGAAACGCGUUCUCUGGAGUGAUCAAUCACGCUUCACCAUCUGGCUGUCCGACGGACAAAUCUGGGUUUGGCGGAUGCCAUGAGAACACUACCUGCCCCAAUGCAUAAUGAAUGGCACUAGAGGAGAUGGCUGCCCUUUUACGGUCCCCUAACCAAUUGUGCUAAUGUGUUUUUUUUGGGGGCCGAAAAGAGCUUCUAGAUAUCAGGCCAGCGAUUAUUCACCCCGUACUGGAGGAAUAUGUUUUCUUUAACAAGUCGGACACGAAAUAUUUACUUUAGACGCCUGACAAGGCCCUAAUCCCCAUCAUUUGCAAGAGAAAGAGACGGAGAUAUUGGGGACGGAGGUCUGGGUGUCUUGUUAGGGUACGACAGCCAGUGGGUAAUCUCCCUUUACCAUCGGUCCUAUUAGCCAACGUACAAUCAAUGGAUAAUAAAAUAGACAAACUACGAUCACGUAUAUCCUACCAACGGGACAUUAAAAACUGGAAUAUCUUAUGUUUCACCGAGUUGUGGCUGAACAACGACAUGAAUAACAUACAGCUGGUGGGUUUUACGCUUUUUCAGCAGGAUAGAACAGCGACCACUGGUAAGACAAGGGGUGGUGGUCUAUGUAUAUUUGUAAACAGCUGGUGCACAAAAUCUAAGGAAGUCUCUAGGUUUUGCUCACCUGAGGUAGAGUAUCUCAUGAUAAGCUGUAGACGACACUAUUUACCAAGAGUUCAUCUAUAUUCUCCGUAGCUAUUUACUACCACAACCCAAUGCUUGCACAAAGACCGCACUCAAUGAGGGAAACCGUUUUACCUCAUUUCAACUGGCUUGUUAAGUGUUCAACCAGAAGGAAACAACUCUAGACCACCUUUACUCCACACACAGAGAUGCUUACAAAAAUCUCCCUCGCCCUCUAUUUGGAAAAUCUGACCAUAAGUCUAUCCUCCUGAUUCCUGCUUACAAACAAAAAUUAAAGCAGGAAGCACCAGUGACUCGGUCAAUAAAAAAGUGGUCAGAUGAGGCAAAUGCUAAGCUACCGGACUGUUUUUCUAGCACUGACUGGAAUAAGUUCUGGGAUUCUUCCGAUGGCAUUGAGGAGUACACAUCAGUCACUAGCUUCAUUAAUAACAGCAUCGAUGAUGUCGUCCCCACAGUGACCAUACGUACAUAACUCAAUCAGAAGCCAUGGAUUACAGGCAACAUCCGCACUGAGCUAAAGGGUAGAGCUGCCGCUUUCAAGGAGCGUGACUCCAACCCGGAAGCUUGUAAGAUAUUCCACGAUGCUCUCCGACGAACCAUCAAAAUGGGCAAAACGUCAAUACAGGACUAAGAUUGAAUCGUACUACACUGGCUCCGAUGAUCGUCGGUGGAGAAAAUGAAGGCAGUCUCCAUGGUAACAGGUACUUCAGGUGUAAGCCCAACCAUGGAACAUUCACCACCAUCACGGGUAUCAGAAAGCUCUCUCGAUCAUCCCACUCCAAGUCUAGAAGCUCCAAACCUCCAGAGGAGGGUGACUCUAGUGACUCUGGGCCGGGGAGCUCUGCAGUGGCAAUAGGGAGGAGCAGCCAGAGCGUUGGGAGCAAGAACGGGCUCAGAAGGACCUGGAACCAGAUGGACAUUAGAGCUCAGGUCCAUUCAGAGCCAGGAGGACCCAGAGACAAGACUACCGUGGAGAACCCUGGACUGGACUGACACCAUCACUUACCCCUGGACUGGCCUGACACUCCUCUCCUAAUCCCUCAAUCCACAGCCUUACAUUUUCCCCUUUCUCUCCUGACGAGUGUUUACUUACUAGACAACAUGCUGAAGAAGCCUUCUUCAAUCUUCCAGCAUGUAACUAUAUAUAGAGAGAGGACUUGUUUUAGUAUGGGCAGCACCAUUGAGGACUUCAACUGGGUGGCACCUCCUAUGGGUUAAGGAAGGAUCACAUAAUUCCAUCCAGGUCAUCAGGAGGGAUCAGCCAAUGAAUUAAACUAGUGAGGAAACAUUCCUUAACUACAGGUGGCAGUAAAUCUCCAACCUUGGCUUUUUACCUGUUCAAACAACACACUCUAGGUGGCAGUAUGCACCCUUUUUGCCAUCUCAUAGAUGAAAGUUGACGAGUUCAAAAUGGAGAUGCUCACAGACGCCAUAAUGGAACGAUGCGAAGUUAUCCAAGUCUAUGGUUGUAACUGACAUCUGUCUGCCAUGCUUUCAUCAGGUGUAACUGACCACUACAAGUCUUGGAUUAGGAGAAACUUUUCUAGAUGAACGUGUGUUUUCUGUGGGAGACAUUAUGCUCACAAACCAAAGGCGGCGACCUUGGGCAAAUCUUUACUGCAUAUGAAUGACAGGACCUGACAUUGCCUCCCAUUCACUCUCCUAUCUGUAUGUAUCAGACAGUGGUGAAACCAGUUUACAUGGUGUUCAACUGCUGUGGCUCCUGCUUUAUGGUCUGUUUAACGCUCCACAGUCUUCCAAUAUAAACACUUACAUUCGGUACACUACCAAUAUGCUGUAAUAACUCCUUAUGACACCUGUUAUGUCAGUGUUACGCAGGCCUUAUGACAGACUUCAAGUAAAGUGUUAGCGAACAGAAGAGAGCCUUCAUCAAACUGCGCUUUUCCUUCAUAUAUGUCACGGAACAGUUUUAUACAACUAUAUAUAUAUAUAUAUGACACAUGGUUUCCAGACUACUAAUAAACAUUGCUGUGGUAAAACAGUUUGACGUUAUUGGAACUCCUGGCAUACAGAAGCAUUAUUCUUCUCACCACAGUGGAGUGUACACUUCAAAGGGCCACUAAAGAGUAGGCUGUACACUUCAGGGCCCUAGAGUGUUCCUGUUCGCACGGGUCUGCACUGAGGUAGCUCAUACAGAUAGAUCUUAACUAAAAGCCACAUCUACAUAGCAGCAAAAUAAAAAAA